CGGGCGGGUUCUUCCCCGCGCCGGCCGCGCGCCGCGUCUCCCAAUUCCAGGCGCAGCGUGGGGGCUCGAGGCGGCGGCCGGCGGCUCCGCUCCCGCCUGGGCGCAGGGCCAGGGCCAGGGCAGGCGGGGAGCGGCGGCCGCGGAUCCCACGGAGGGCGGCGGCCUGGGCCGGCUGAGCCAUGGCGGCCCCAGAGCCGGCGCCGAGGCGGGGCCGGGAACGGGAGCGGGAGGAGGAGAGCGAGGACGAGAGCGACAUCCUGGAGGAGAGCCCGUGCGGCCGCUGGCAGAAGCGGCGGGAGCAGGUGAACCAGGGCAACAUGCCAGGGGUCCAGAGCACCUUCCUGGCCAUGGACACAGAGGAGGGGGUAGAGGUGGUGUGGAAUGAGUUGCACUUCGGGGAUAGGAAGGCCUUCGCAGCCCACGAGGAGAAGAUCCAGACCAUGUUUGAGCAGCUGGUGCUGGUGGACCACCCCAACAUUGUCAAGCUGCACAAAUACUGGCUGGAUGCCUCAGAAGCCCGGGCGAGGGUCAUCUUCAUCACAGAGUACGUGUCCUCGGGCAGCCUCAAGCAGUUCCUCAAAAAGACCAAGAAAAACCACAAGGCCAUGAACGCCCGGGCUUGGAAGCGCUGGUGCACACAGAUCCUGUCCGCGCUCAGCUUUCUACAUGCGUGCAGUCCCCCUAUCAUCCACGGCAACCUGACCAGUGACACCAUCUUCAUCCAGCACAACGGCCUCAUCAAGAUUGGCUCCGUGUGGCACCGUGUCUUCUCCAGUGCGCUCCCGGGCGAUCUGCGAAGCCCAGUCCGUGCCCAGCGGGAGGAUGUCCGGAAUCUGCACUUCUUCCCGCCGGAGUAUGGCGAGUUUGCUGAUGGCACUGCUGUGGAUAUCUUUUCCUUUGGGAUGUGUGCACUGGAGAUGGCUGUGCUGGAGAUCCAAGCCAACGGGGACACCCGGGUCACGGAAGAGGCCAUUACUCGUGCCAGGCACUCACUGAGCGACCCCAACAUGCGGGAGUUCAUCCUCUCCUGCCUGGCACGGGACCCCAGCCAGCGGCCGUCCGCCCACAACCUCCUCUUCCACCGCGUGCUCUUUGAGGUGCACUCGCUGAAGCUGCUGGCGGCUCACUGUGUCAUCCAGCACCAGCACCUCAUGCCUGAGAACGUGGUGGAGGAGAAAAGCAAGGCAGUGGACCUGCACGCAGUCCUGGCCGAGAUCCCCCGGCCGCCCCGGCCCCCGCGGCAGUGGCGGUACUCGGAGGUCUCCUGCUUGGAGCUCGACAAAUUCCUGGAGGAUGUCAGGAACGGGAUCUACCCGCUGAUGAACUUCGCGGCUGCUCGGCCCCUGGGGCUGCCCCGCGUGCUGGCCCCGCCCCCCGAGGAGGCCCAGAAGGCCAAGACCCCGACGCCAGAACCUUUUGACUCUGAAACCAGGAAGGUGAUCCAGAUGCAGUGCAACCUGGAGAGAAGCGACGACAAGGCCCGCUGGCAUCUGACUCUGCUCCUGGUGCUGGAGGACCGGCUGCACAGGCAGCUCACUUAUGACCUGCUCCCAACUGACAGUGCCCAGGACCUCGCCGCCGAGCUGGUACACUAUGGCUUUGUUCACGAGGAUGACCGGACCAAGCUGGCUGCCUUCCUGGAAAGCACCUUCCUCAAGUACCUUGGAGCUCAGCCGUGACCUCGCAGCUCAGUCCCCGGGGACCAACCCUGGCCUCCCAAGUGGGGAAGCUCAGCCUUGGCCCAGGGCUCAGAGAACCAGGGGCUGACCUCUGCU